CUUUAUAAGGCCACUCUAUAUUGUGGUAUCGGCAAAAACUGAUACCGUUUUAAAAAAAAUAAGCGCUGCAUUUUAAAACCAAUGUAAAACAAUGUAAAAGGGGGUGUGGGUGACGAUUGAACUUCAGAGCCCAGCCCGAUGAUCGCCGAUUGAAUAGAACUGCGAGCGAGGCGAGCUGUCAGUGUACGCGUGGUGCUGGUGCAAGCCAUGGACUGGGAGACCGCAUCCGCCGCUAGCAAGCACAGGGCUUACACAGAGACCCGUGGGAAAUAUACGAUGAACCGCUUCAAAGCAUCCAAAUUCAAAAACACCACCCCGAAGAUCCCCAAGAAAGACGGGAGGGGGGAGGAGAGAUCGAAUUUGAGCUCUGUGCAUUGCGAAUUCCUCAUUAAUUUACAGUGCAUUAUGUAUAUGACUGUGCAGUUGAGAUUCGAGCUGAUAUACUGCAGAUUGCAUGGUAGGAUGUUAAACUAAGUAAAUCAACAGUCGCAUGCAAUUCAUAUUGUCUAUGUGAAAGCAUGCUCCUGAAACCGGCUGGCAGUUUGGAAGAAUUUCCCACAUGAAUUCGAAACGAGACCGUCGCAAACACUAGUAACGGUCUAAUACAGUAAUAUGGUUUCGUUUCAUUCAUAUACUCUCUGUACUGUUUUGUAUGUGGUUGAGUACCCCCUCAGACACGCUGAACCCCAGAGCACUGCAGCGACCCGCUGUGCUGAGCUGUGUCUGCAGCAGUGUGUGUUAGACUGAAGUUCCUCCUGUGCUGUUGAUUGAAAACACGAGUCAGAGAUUGCACCUCACUGUCGUUUCCACAGUCCUUUCCUGAAGAGAUGCUGCAGAUGAUGCAAGCUGGAAACCUCCUACGAUAAACCUGGCCGUACUGUACACCUCCAUCCACAGGAAGACUUAGUCCCUUCCGAUAACUUAGAAGGGUUUUUUUUGCAGGUGUUCCUUUCUGUUAUUAUUAAUUAUUUCUUAAGGUAAACUUUUGUAUUAAGUCUCUGCAACUUCCAAUGUACCCCUUAACUCUUAACACAGGGCAUUUACUGUACCAGCUAACUGACUGUGGCAUCAGUGUCCCAGGCUGCCACAGGGCAGUGCAUGCUGAGGAGUGUGUUAUUGCUGUUAUACACUGGUUUGUAUAUCCCUGAGUGUUUUCUUAUAAUUAUUUUUUGUACUUGAUUGCUCUUCUGCGGUUACAGUGAACCUUUCCAAAUUCCAAGUUUAACCCUAAAUCUGAUCCUUGAGGUUUGUAAUAAGAUUUUGUUCCUGUGCAAUGAUUACACCACAUUUUGCAAAAACUAAAAACUGGGAACCACUACAGUAUCAGUUUCUACAGGUUUAGUUUUGUUUUGUUUUUACAAAAAAAAAAAAAGUUGUGCAAGCAGUGGAGAAAAAACUUGUCAAAUCAGACCAUGCAUCCUUGCAAGAGUGUGUGUUGUGACACGUCCAUGUAAAAAUAUAUUUAGCAGAAGUCCGCUAAGCUCUCAAGCCUGUGCCUCUCCCACCCUGGACUUGCCCGAACAUGCCCCUGAGGAAUAAAAAGGAUCUCCUGGGAAUGAUGGGAAAUCCUGUGAGUAGGCGUCCUGGCUGACUCCAGUCCCUGGGGUUUCGGUGAUAGAGUGAGGCGUACACAGUCCUCGUACACACAGGCUUGAGCAUCUGAACCCUUCAGGGCUGUGCGUGCCGUCUUCAGAAAGCAACACGAACGGAUACUGUCGUUAUUUAGCACCUGAUUGAAACCCUGUACUGCCUGUGACCUGGGUGAGAGGUAGGAGAGCGGGCAGCAGUGUGGAGUAGUGGUUAGGGCUCUGGACUCUUGACCGGAGGGUUGUGGGUUCAAUCCCCAGUGGGGGACACUGCUGUUGUACCCUUGAGCAAGGUACUUUACCUAGAUUGCUCCAGUAAAAACCCAACUGUAUAAAUGGGUAAUUGUAUGUAAAAUAAUGUGAUAUCUGUAUAAUGUGAAAUAAUGUAUAAUGUGAUAUCUUGUAACAAUUGUAAGUCGCCCUGGAUAAGGGCGUCUGCUAAUAAAUAAAUAAUAAUAAUAAUAAUAGGAGAAAGCUGCAGGUAUUGCAUAAUAACUGCAUUCACAAAGACAAAUCCAGAUUGUUAUUGACAGCGCAGUUCACAGAUGAAGCCUGUUGGUGAUGUAUGUGCAUGUUCUAGCCCUGAAGUGCACCUAACAACUUCACAGACAGGUCUCUGUCUAAGUGGUUUCUUCUGAGGUACAGUUCCUGCCUGCACAGGUUAGUGGUGUACAAGCAGCCUCGUGAUUAAUUUAGGUGUUUGUCUGUGCAGAAUUCCCCGAAUUCAGCAAAUCCUGGGUGAAGCAAUUUCGUUGCAUCUCUGCAGUAAGGUGCAAAAGCUUUGCAUUUUUUUAAAAGCAGACGAUUCCAGUCUAGGGCAGGAAUAGGAUCUGUAUACUUAAGCUUCAGCUCGGUUUCACUCCAGUGGAUUAGCUGCAGUACAAUCAGUCCAUGUGACCUUCUGCACAGCAAAAACCACUAAGAGUGUAAAACCUUGCAUAGCAUUCAGUACCAUCGAAAUGCAUCAGAUAAAGCGUGAUGUUUGCUUGCAUGAUGCCCCAGUCCCUCCAUGCUCACAGCUCUGCUUCUCUCCCCAGGAGUGGAUCAGCGAUGUGCGGGCUGGCUCAGCUGCCUCCUGUGGGAACCACAUCAAAUCCAGCUGCAGCCUGAUCGCCUUCAACACGGAGCAGGGCGGUGGCGGAGUGCUGGGUCUGGUGUCUCUGGACAAUGGGAAUGAAGAGAAGCACUCUGUGUCUCAGCUGCACUGUCACGCAGACCUGGUGACAGAUUUUGACUUUUCUCCGUUCGAUGACUUCCUGCUGUCUACAUGCUCUGCUGAUGAAGCUCCCUGGAGGAUCACGGAGACCAGAUUCAGAGCCUCUCCUGGAAACAGGAUGGCUCUCUCCUCGCCACGUCCUGCAAGGACAAGAAGCUGCGGAUCUUUGACCCCAGGGCUCAGCUGACAGCAGUGCAGAGUGCUCAAGGCCAUCAGAACAACAAGGAUUGUCAAGUGAUCUGGAUCGGGGACACAGACAAUAUCCUGUCUGCCGGAUUUAACCAGGACUCUGAUUCCUCUCUUUGAUCCUGACACAGGUCUGCUGGUUCUGGCUGGAAUGGGUGACUGCGUCAUGCACUGCUUCGAGGUGACUGCCUCCCAG